AUGCCAACCUCCGCUAAAAGACCCUACCGUCGAGAUUCGAUGAGGGAGGAGAUUGACAUUCCUGACUCCUCACCUUCUCGCCCUCCGAAGAGAAGAAAGAGGGCUUCAGAUCCCAAACCUAAAUCCAAACAUUCAACCUCAAACCAACGACCCGUUACCCCCGUACCCGAGAUGGAAAGCCAGGAAGAGAUCAUCUUUAAGCUCAAGAAACAUUUGGGAUUACCUGGUGUCGUACAAGUUCUCGACGAUCAUGCGGACGAUAAAUAUGAACAAGAGUACGGAGGCGGAGUUCAAGCUUUCGCAAAGUUGGCGGGAAAUGGUUGGACUUACUACGUCAAGGAUCAGGAAGUUCAGAUUGGGCGCAACCCGGCUGAGGGUCAAGAAGAAGCCCCAGGAGCUGUUGCUGAGGUCGAUAUUGAUCUGGGUCCAAAUAAGAUGAUUUCGCGACAACAUGCCAGAAUAUUCUUCGACGAUGGCUGGCGAAUCCAAGUCAACAGCCGCAACGGAGCCAAAGUCAACGGUACGGCGUUUUCCCGCAAUCAUGAGCCAAAAGAGUUGCAUAGUGGAGAUGUCAUCAAUAUCUCCGGUGUCGAGAUGAUAUUCGUUUUACCUGGUGGUCCCUUUGUGAUUGAUCCGGAAUACCUGCGAAAGAUUGAGAGUGCCGUGGACGAUGUAGAGGAAGUUGAUGAAGUAGAGGACGCAGAGGAUGUAGAGGAUGCUCAGAGAUAUAGCGAGGAACCUUCCGAUGUUCCUUUGCCUCCUUCGACUAACGGAGCUCGAGCUCAGAAUGGAGUUCCACAAGCGAUUGCUCCAGCGCCAGCUAAUUGGCAACGUGCGGCGACUCCUCGCGCUUCUCUUAAAGUGCCAAGUUCUGCAAAGCGACCCCAUACUGGCUAUUCGGCUGGCGGUACAAUGAUCAUGAAUGAUUCUGAAAAUGUCGACCUCAGUCUUGAUUCCAAUCAUCAUAUCAAGCCUGGUUACAGCUAUGCGCAAAUGAUCGCGCAGGUAAUUUUCGAAGCGCCAAAUCAAAUGUUGUUACUGAAUGGUAUUUACCAAGCCAUCAUGGCCAAAUACGCUUAUUACAGAUUUCAAGCACCCGGCGGCUGGCAAAAUUCUAUCCGCCACAACUUGUCACUUAACCAAAAUUACGACAAGGUAGCACGCGGAAAGGAUGAGCCUGGCAAAGGUAAAAAGUGGUUUAUCAAGCCAGCGUGCUAUGAUACAAUCGCAGCACUGGCACAAUCAGCUCCUGGUAGAGGUGGCGGCCACCGAGGAUCUUCACAGCCAGCGUCACCAAUCACCGCUGCCGAUCGAGGGUUUGAUGAUGAAUCCAGUCCGGAUUCCGUCGUUAGAAAGAGGAAAUCUUCAGCUUCACGCUCACCACGCAUGAGACCACACCAAACUAACAGACCGCAAUUUACUCCCGAACGGGCCCCCCGGAUUCAAAACUUACAGCAUGAUUUCCCCGGCGAUGGAAGCCCACUACCUAGACAUUAUCGACGAGUUCAGAAGAACGCCCCUGGCUUUUCCGAUAAUUUGCCCAAUUCUCCACCCACCCUCUCAUCUUCUUAUCAACAGGAUGAUGGCAACACAUUUGUCACGCCAGCUCCUCAUCGUGUUUAUCCUCAUUUAGCACCGCCAAGUACUGCGCAGCGACCAAGUCAACACAUGCCAACUAGCUCCCCUGCUCCAUUUUGGACAUUCGCUGACGGUACUCCUAAUCAUGGAUUUCGUGGUUAUGAUAAUAGCCCUAUCAAAAGGUUUCAACCUAGCGUCAUUCCCGAUAGCAGUCCACCUCCAAUGCGACGGACUCCAGCUCCGAGUCCUAUCAAAAAUGCAGUUUUAGGAAAGCUUCAGAUGCCAGAUGUCGAUGAGGUUGAAGAAGAGGAAGAAAAAGGGUUUGAUCUUACAAAAGGUUUCCAAAGUAUUUCUCAAUUCCACCUUGAGAGUGUUGCAAAACUUGCUGCGACACCUGUCUCGGGCUCCCUUGCGGCUCGCAUUUGA